AUGGAGAUGGACGACAUGGGUCUUGUGGAAUUGUUUGGUUACGACAAGCUGGAAAGAGAAUUACUCCUCAGCCAAAAUAAUUUGUCUUCAACUUCGCCGGAAUAUUGCGCGAUAAAUGAUUUACGUGAUGAGAUGACACCAGAGGAAGAGUACUCCUACAGCGAACAAGUUUUGAAGAGUGACGGCUUUGAUGUUUCUGACAUCCCUGGCGUCAAUUGUUUCCACCAAAUUCUACCAUGCAACAUAGACUACAACUAUGAUAAGUAUAAACGGUAUUCGCAGCUCGCAAUAGACGAAUACAAUCGUCGGUUCAAGGAUGAGUUGGAGUUUGUUAAGGUCUUGAAGGCAAUGGGUCAGGCUUCGAGGGGAAUCAUGUAUUAUAUAACCUUCGUGGCCAAGGAGCUUGGCGAUGGAGGUGAGAUUAAGACGUAUCAAGCCGUGGUAUUAGAUGGGCUAGAAUCUGAGACAGCGGAAUCCUUUAGGCUAAAGCCCCCCGAGGAUGAGCGAGAUUCUGGCAGUCAUGAGAGACAGUGGUUUUGGAAAAAUCACCUUUGCAAUGAUGAAACAUGUUGUAUUUGAAGAUCUUUCAGAGGUGAAAUGCGUAUGGAGUUUAACAAUGCUGUUGGAAUUCGAAAACAUGAAUUAUACAAGUAAAAUGGCAAGAAGGUGCUUCUAGUGUUUAUUUAGACAAUCUAAAGUUGGCCAGUUACUUAUUUAAUUUUGUUUUCAAAACUCCUUUUCUUCAAUCCUCCAUUGGUACCUUGGUUAAGUGAGAUUAUGCAGCGUGCUUUUGUCAAUGUGAAUUGGGCGGGUUUUUUUAUUUUAUUUUCCUUGUGUGGGAGAGGGAAAUUCACAAAAAAAACAUAAAACAUUUUAUUUUUGAUAAGGUUACAAAAAAAAAAAAAAAGAAGCAUAAAACAUAAUUGGCAACGAUGAGUUUUUUGUGCCUUCUCUCUCUCAUUCAUGCAUAUGGUUUUAUUUUUGCUUCUGGAAACUUUCGUCAUGUUAUUUUUUUUGGGUAAUGCAUAUUACUUGAUCCAGUUUGUAAUAAUUUAUGCAUUUAAUUUAAUUAAUAAAAAAUUGAGAGAUAGUGCCACUUCUCUAUUAGUGAAGUUGCAAA